GCGGGGGCGGACCAAUAAGGGCGGAGCGGCCCCACCCCCCCGUUCUGCGUCCUAGGGGCGCACGAAGGAAGGGCGGGGCUUAAGGAAGCCGUGUCGGUGCCAGGCGGCAUCACGUGAUUUCGCGGAAGCGGCGCCGCGCAGAUAACCGACAGAAGUGUCCCCCAGGAUGGCAGGGCACAGCGGGCGGCGGCUGCGUCCCUGGCUGGUGGCGCAGGUGCAGAGUGGCCACUUCCCCGGGCUGGUGUGGGACGACGCUGAUCACACAGCCAUCCGCAUACCCUGGCAGCAUGCGGGCAAGGGCGGGGCCAGGGGCGGGGCCUGCAUUGCCCUCUGCCAGGCAUGGGCGGAGUUCAAGGGGCGGCUCCGCCCUGGAGUGCAUCCAGACCCCGCCAGCUGUAAGACCCGGCUGCGUUGUGCCCUCAACAAGAGCUCUGAGUUACAGGAGGUGCCGGAGCGCUCCCGCCUGGAGGGGCCCCGGCCGUACAAGGUCUAUCAGCUCCUGACGCUGCCCCAAAAGCCAGGCAGGCAGCCCCUGAAGCAUGGCGGCUGGCAGCCCCAGAAGGAGGCAGGAUUGAGCCCCACGGAGGGGAGCAAUGGAGAUGCCCAGCCCUACAGCACCACGGUGUCGACCACCAGCCCCAAUGAGGUGUCAGCUAAGGAGCCCAAUGGGGACACCGAGGAUGCCUCCGAAGCACCGCCCCCAGACCCUCUGAGACUGGCCAUCGUGGUGGACAGCACUGAGCCCCUCCCACCGACACAGGGCGAGUCGUGCCUGGGCUUGCGGCUGUGGCUGGGGGGGGAGCUGUCCUGGCAGGGCUGGCUGCCCCCCGGUGACUACCUGCUAGGCCCCCCCGCGCCCCCGGGGGCCACCCCCCGCCCCGGGAUGCUGCCCCGCCUGCUGCUGCUGCCCGCCCCAGAGACGCUGCCCUCCAAAGCUGCGGGGCCAGGGGCCAGCGGGGACCCCCCUGCCGUGGGGGAGCUGCUGGCAGGGCUUCGGCCAGGACUGCUGGUGGCCAGCGCCCGGCGGGGGCUCUUCCUGCGGCGACGGCCCGGGAAGCUGGGGGUGCACUGCCGUGCCCCACACGCCAGCCCCACAGCAGAGGGAGGUCCCCUGCAGGAUGGGGAGCUGGUGCAGGCCUUCGACGCCCAGCGCUUCCGGGAGGAGGUGGGGCGAUACCGCGCUGGGCUGGGCCCCCGCCCUGAACACUGGGUGACGCUGGCUGUGGGGCAGGAGCUGGGCCCCCAUGAUGGCCCCCACAACCGCACCCUUGUCCUGCAGCUCGAACAAGCCUUUGCCCAGGAACUUCUCAACAGCACCCCAGCUGCCUUGGGACACCCCUGUCACCUCCUCAUGCAAGCCUGAGCCUCCCAUGCAGUACCCAUGGACCUCACCUGUGUCCAUGGGGCUGCACGUCCAGCGUUAAAUAAAGCUGCGUCCCAGUCACGGUCGGUGUGUGGAGAGCCGCUGCCUUCGCCCCAGCCACCACCUUCCCGCCGCGCCGCCACGCUGAGGUGAAAGGGCGUGAAAGCGGCGGCGCCCGCUGAUUAGCCAGCAGCGCAAGGCGGGAACGCUUCCUAUUGGCUCAGUCCCGCGCGGCUGUUCCCGGCGGGGAAGAGGAAGGCGCUGAUUGGUCGCCGGUUUCCCUCCGGGGUUGCCCCUCCCCUCGCCCAGGUUUGCCAGCGGCAGCGAGGCGGGAGUUGGCCGGCGGCGCUGAGGCGAGCGGCUCGCCUAUUGGCCGGAGGGUGGCUGGGGGGCGGGACGAGCGACGUUAUAAAGGACGAGGCGCGAAGCGUGUGGGAUUAGUCAGGCAGCCGGGGACGGCGUUUCAGGGUCUGGCGUUCUGCGCUCCUCUCAGCCCCGGUGCUAAUAGGGCUGGGCUUCGUUAGCUGACUAAUAACCCCUUGAGACGCCUCAGUGACUGUCCGAGAGCUAGUGGAGAGAAACGGCGGUUUAAAUUAAGUAACGAGGGGCAGGGGUUUGAGAGGUAUGAUGUUGAAUUCAGCUUUUAAGAUUUAACUUACAUAAAGCAACAUUUAAAGUCUGGGGUUACCACUUUUGGGGGUGGGUGGGGCUGAUUUGCGACAAAAAGCUUUUUUUAAUCUAGGUAUUCAAAUUAUACAUUAAAUAUCUUCAUACUUAAAGUGGGGUGGUGCUGGAUUUGGGGCCAUUUACCAGGAUUUUGGGGCCAAAAUCACCUUUUUAUGUUACCCGGUUAUAAUUUUAAAUUGCUAUAUUUAAACUCUGUGGAUAUUGGUUUUGGGAUCUUUUGUGGUUUUUGCGGGGCUUUGGGCAGGUUUAGGGCACAGAAUUGUUUUUUUAAAACCUCGCUUAAAUUUAGUUGGAUUUAAUUAAAUGAAAUUCGUUAAAUUUAAUAAAAACAAUAAA